AUACAUACCAUCGUCGAUAUGUCUGAUAAGUCCAGUGCUAGCUCAUCACAUUCGCUACGUUCUCGAGGCACUGUCGAUGUGGUAUCGGCCGCUGCCUUUAGCGCAACCCGCAAGCCUCCUGCCAUGUGGACAAAAGCAGAGGAAGGCGCCUUUCUGGACUUCCUCCUGCUUGCCCUACCUUCGUCCGGAGAUGGAGGCUUCAAGAUGCCUGCCUUUAAUCAGGCAUCCGCCAAUCUUAAGCUCAAAUUCCCGCAUCAGAGAGGUGCGGAAAAGAGUGGUCUAGUUUGCAAGACCAAAUGGCAAGCGCUAAAAAAAGCAUACCACAGCGUUAUCGAAAUCAAGUGUACGUCGGGCUUUACGUGGAGUCACGAGCACGGAGCAGGUAUCACGGAUAGAAAAGACGAUGUUUGGGCACGCUUUGUCAAGACACACCCUCAUGCGAAGCCCUUCAUGAUGAAGGGCUUCGAGCACUUCGAAAUCAUGGAACAACUGAUUCCAAGCAAAGCCAAAGGCUCGCAUGUAUUCCGACCCACCGCCACCAGCAAUGUGCCUCAGGAUUCUACUGCCUCCACACCACCUUUGAUCCCCACCGCCUCUACACCACCUUUGAUCCCCACUGCAAUCGAUAAUGCCACUUGGGGGCCGCCAUCGUCAGUAGAUCCCGACUCCCUCGAAGUACCUCCUCCCUCUACCUUCCUCUGUCCAUCCACCGAAGGUUCUACCGACUCGGUAUGGACCAGCAUUAGCCAUGGAAAGCGCAAAUUCAGCGCUAUUGCUCCUGGAUCUGCUGCGAGUUCCCAGAAAUGGAGUCGGCUGCCAUCUGCCACGCUGUUAGUGCAGCAGGAGGGUACCGAAACGAUGAAGAACCUCGUUGAGGUCGUGCGUGAGAUGCAGAAAAACCUCGUAUUAGCUCCACCGCAACCGCCGGUGCAACCACAGCCCUCCACACACGUUGGGAGGGCUAUUUCUUUACUUAAUAUGUACACGGACCUUACCAGUAAAGAGCGGUUAGCCAUCACGAACUUUUUAGCCGAACACGAAAACCAGGCCAUUAUUUUUUAUUCGUUGGACGAGGUGACAAGGCUCGAGUGGUUGGAAGAGAAACGAGUCCUUUGUGGUGUACAAAAUUUGUAUAGUAUCUGUAACUACGGCAAUGGGAGACCCCUUCGUUUGCGCUCCUCGAGAUAA